UUACCGUCACAGUUUUUACCUACCAACAUCCUCAUAAGACACAAUAGGAUCUGAACUUCAAAACACAAUACAAAAUAUAUUCCAUAACCCAAAAACCAAAAAAAAAAAAAAUUCUGCAUUUUGGAACCCGUUCAGAUGUUUGAUCAACCCCAAAUUUGGGUACAUAAAAUUUAAAAUGGCAACCAGGCAGGCCACUCCUCGCCAGCUGGCUUACCUCGACGAGCUGAAGAUGCGUCUUCAGGAGCUUCGCGAUCGACAGGCUUCCUUCAUGGAGCAGACUGCCAAGAUUCUCAGCAGGAUGAGCUCCUCCAACAUGGUAAGCGAAUCGGAUGACGAAAACUCUUUGAAAAAAGGCGUAAAUGGAACACCUUUGAAGGGCGUAAAUGGUGGAACUUCCAAAGGAUCCAAAGGCACUCUCAAUAUUAAACAGCUUAUCCAGCGAUUCGAGGAUCUGCGAAAGAACUCACAGGAAUUUGAUGAUUUACCCGAUGUUCCCGAGGAGCUACUCAACGUGGAUGUGCGUCGCAUUCUAAAUGGCUACGAAAAACUCAUAGAAGAUGGAAGUGUACUCCAGCAAUCCUGGUAUCUGCUCAAAAAAUCCACUGAAAGUUGUGCCCGUUUUGCCAGCACCAACGGAAUGAAAUUGGAGGAAGAAAUUACUCCGUUCCAGGAAAACUCGGGAGUCGUUGAGGUUUCUUAUGUUGUUCCAGAACGGAGUCCGGAGGUGGUAAGAAUACCCUCAGUUAGGAAGACUACAUCGAAGACAUCAUUAAAGACUACAUCAAAGACUGCAUUGAAGACUGAAUCCAAGACCAAUUCCAAAGCUGCGUCGAAAACUUCUUCAAAAUCUUCUUCAAAGAUUGCACCCAAGCCUCCAAUAAAAACUUCAUCGCUGCACUCGAAUGUGGCCACCAGUGCAGAGAUUGUGGACAAAAAAUCAGAGGACUUCGAGCCAAAAGAUGUCAAGUUGAAGGGAAAUUCCCAUGAUUAUGUAGGUCACGCCCGUUGGGGAGCCUUCAUGCAGUUGAUCGUACGCCUCCUUCGUCCUUUCCACGGCUGUUCUAAGAACAAGAAAAAGCGAACCCGCAACCAUUCGAGCAACGGAAAUGUCUGGUAUCUGCCGCAAAUGAAGACCAUCAAGUAGGCACUUUGAAAUAGCCAACGCCAGCCAUACACAAAAUGCACAAGUGAAGAUCGAAACUAAGCCAAAGCAAUUCCCAUAGUCGCCACAUAAUCCCAACGAAAAUAAUCCAAUAAAACCCGACCCACACCCC